CGGUUUGGUACAUUUGUUACAAGGGUUGUUUUGUCUUUUACUCUUUACCUUCGUUCUGUUGGCGAGAGAACAGUAUGAAGUUUAGUCUUUUUCUACUGUUUCCACUGAAAAUUCCUUUGAAAAUUCGAGUCUUAACUCUUGAAAAUGGGGAACUAGAAAAAUGAUGGAAAAGAAAGAACACUCUCUUCUCCGCCAUGCCCUUCUUGCACCUUCUCAGGUGGUGCGAUCCAGCAAUUCAGGAAUUGUUAGUGGUACAGGUUCUGGUCCUUCUGGAUCUGUCUCUGCAGAAGGGCACAAAUGCUAUGGAGGACAGUGCCACAACAUAUAUAUAAUCAUCUUGGCGGUUGUUAGUGGGUUGAUUCUUUGUACCACAUUAGCUGCUGUAGUUUGGUUGCUUGUUUGUAGACGGAGUAAAAGGCGUAAAAGGUCUCGUAGGCAAUCAAAUCUAGUAGCAUCAUCUGUAGUCCCUCCGUCUUGGAAGGUCUUCACUAUUGAGGAGCUGAAGUCCAUUUCUAAGAAUUUUAGUGAGGGAAAUUGUCUUCCUGGAGAAUCCAAAACAGGAGGUACAUAUAGUGGCAUUUUAGCUGAUGGUUCCAAAGUGGCAAUUAAGAGAUUGAAAAGGUCCAAUUACCAAAGGAAAAAAGAGUUCUAUUCUGAAGUUGGGAGAGUUGCAAGGCUUCAUCAUCCUAGUCUGGUAGGUGUGAAAGGAUGCUGUUAUAAUCAUGGUGAUCGUUUUAUUGUCUAUGAAUUCAUAGUGAAUGGCCCUCUUGAUAGAUGGCUGCACCACGUUCCAAGGGGUGGUAGAUGCUUAAAUUGGCCUAUGCGAAUGCAAAUUGCCAUAACCCUUGCACAAGGAAUUGCAUUUUUACAUGACAAGGUCAAACCACAAGUUGUGCAUCGGGACAUUCGUGCAAGCAAUGUACUUCUUGAUGAAGAAUUUAGGGCACAUCUCAUGGGAGUUGGCCUCUCAAAGUUUGUGCCAUGGGAAGUCAUGCAGGAGAGGACUGUAAUGGCUGGUGGAACUCAUGGAUACCUAGCUCCAGAGUUUGUAUAUAGAAAUGAGCUUACAACAAAAAGUGAUGUGUACAGCUUCGGAGUCCUCCUACUUGAGAUUGUGAGCGGGCGUCGGCCUGCCCAGGCUGUGGAUUCAGUUGGUUUGCAGAGCAUAUUUGAGUGGGCCACACCUCUUGUACAAUCCCAUCGGUACCCUGACCUACUAGAUCCUGUCAUAUCCAACUCAUCCCCUGACAUUCCAGAGGUCGGAGCAAUUCAGAAAGUUGUUGAUCUUGUGUAUUCUUGUACUCAGCAUGUCCCGUCAGUGCGCCCCCGGAUGUCCCAUGUCGUCCAUCAGCUUCAACAACUGGCUCCAUCUGUCUCUGUUGUAGAGUAAGUUCAACUAUAGUGUCAGAUAAAUCCAUUGAAUAUGUCUGACUGGUGGUGCUUUAUCCUAGCUUUGAGGCUAAGGUUAUUUGUUCUCUAAUCAAAGAGCUAAAGUUCACUUAUUAUAUCGUAGUUCAUCCUAGCUUGUUUAUGUAAAUCUAGCCAAAAAUUAGAGUACUUGACUUCCUUUUAUAGUUGCUUAAAUAUAAAACAUACUAAGCAAAACUUGGUCUAGUGUUAAGAUUUGUUUUCACGAUCGUAAAAGUUGUUAGAUUAAACUUAUGCUUUCCUGUGAGUUGUAACUCACAAUGUGAAACCUCGAAAGUGCUUCGGUUGUUGUACAAUUGGAUUAUGAACAUUGCGAGCUGAAUGAUGAAUCAAAACUCUUAGUAUGAA